AUGUUAAAGGUUUCGGAUGCUUUGAUCACUUUGGUGACACUGUACGGUGUCGUGGAAGUGGUGCUUGGUGGCUACGGGAUGAGCAUGUUCGCUGCACAGACGUCUCCGCCGGAUCCGUGUUACGACGAGAACGGUAACCCGAGGAGAUGCAUCCCCGAUUUUGUGAACUCGGCGUUCGGGAAGGAAGUGCGUGUUUCCAGUACCUGUGGCAAAACCCCCAGUAGGUACUGUGUGGUGACAGAGAAAGGGAAUGAGAGGAACAGGAACUGCCACACCUGCGACGCAUCAGACCCAAAGAAGUCUCACCCACCGGCUUAUUUAACAGACCUGAAUAACCCCCAUAAUCUCACGUGUUGGCAGUCGGAGAACUACAUCCAGUAUCCGCAAAACGUUACUUUAACGCUAUCACUUGGGAAAAAAUUCGAGGUGACUUAUGUGAGCCUUCAGUUCUGUUCACCUCGACCCGAGUCUAUGGCUAUUUUCAAGUCGAUGGACUAUGGUAAAUCCUGGGUCCCGUUCCAGUUCUAUUCGACGCAGUGUAGGAAGAUGUACAACAAACCCAACAAGGCUACUAUAACCAAGCAGAACGAGCAAGAGGCUAUCUGCACGGAUUCUCACACGGACAUGCAUCCGCUCUCAGGCGGGCUCAUUGCUUUCAGCACCCUUGACGGAAGACCCUCUGCGCACGAUUUCGACAAUUCGCCGGUACUUCAAGACUGGGUAACCGCUACUGACAUCAAGGUUACUUUUAGUCGAUUACAUACUUUCGGUGACGAAAACGAGGAUGACUCGGAGCUUGCCCGGGACUCUUACUUCUAUGCAGUAUCAGAUUUACAAGUCGGCGGCCGAUGCAAAUGCAAUGGUCAUGCAUCAAGGUGCGUAAAGGAUCGAGAUGGAAACCUUGUUUGUGAGUGCAAGCAUAAUACUGCAGGACCAGAGUGCGACAGAUGCAAACCGUUUCACUACGAUCGACCCUGGCAACGUGCAACUGCGAGAGAAGCAAACGAAUGUGUCGCCUGCAACUGCAACCUUCACGCGCGACGCUGCCGUUUCAACAUGGAACUGUACAAGCUGUCCGGACGGAAGAGCGGAGGCGUCUGCCUGAACUGCCGCCACAACACGGCAGGCCGUCACUGCCACUACUGCAAGGAGGGAUACUACAGGGACAUGUCCAAGCCCAUCUCCCACAGAAAGGCCUGCAAAGCAUGUGAUUGCCAUCCAGUGGGGGCUGCUGGCAAAACCUGUAACCAAACCACAGGCCAAUGUCCCUGUAAAGAUGGCGUGACCGGUAUCACGUGCAACCGUUGCGCUAAAGGCUACCAGCAGAGCCGUUCACCCAUUGCCCCCUGCAUAAAGAUUCCCGUUGCAGCGCCGACAACUACAGCAAGCAGCACAGAGGAGCCAGCCGACUGUGAAUCCUAUUGCAAGGCAUCGAAAGGAAAACUGAAGAUCAACAUGAAGAAAUACUGCAAGAAAGACUACGCUGUCCAGGUCCACAUCCUGAAGGCAGACAAGGCCGGCGAGUGGUGGAAGUUCACCGUCAACAUCAUCUCCGUCUACAAGCAGGGCGAGAGCCGCAUCCGCCGGGGUGACCAGUUCCUCUGGGUACGGGCCAAGGACGUGGCCUGCAAGUGCCCCAAAAUCAAGCCUGGCAAGAAGUACCUGUUGUUGGGCAAUGACGAGGACUCACCUGGACAGAGCGGUGUGGUGGCAGACAAAGGCAGCCUGGUCAUUCAGUGGAGGGACACGUGGGCCCGUCGGCUCCGGAAAUUCCAGCAACGCGAGAAAAAGGGCAAGUGCAAAAAGCCAUAG